AUGAACAAGACCGCGUCGCCCGACCCUGCGCAACCCACCAACGAGGUCAUCGACUCCCAACGCGACGAACAAACCGCGACUGUACCUCAAUAUGAUACCGAUCCGCCCUCAUCACCGCUGGAAUCCCUCGGAUCCGACGAUUUCGAAGGCCAACUGACCCCUAACGGUAACGACUUCAUCGGCCUACCCCUCCGCUCACCAUCACCUACAACACCAUUAUCUCCGUCAACACCCUCACCCUCGCCUCCUGCUCCCGCGCCCUCUUCCGACAUCGAUGAUGAACGCCCUUCCAAACGACGUCGCGUCUCCACGCCAUCUGCGCCCGGGUCUGGCCAGAAAAAGAAACAAAUCUCUCCGCCAUGGAAGAAGAUCACCGCCGAGGGUCCGACCUCUUUCAUCGAUAAUGGCAGACGCAAGUCUGGUCGAAUUAACACUAUCCCCCUCGAGUUCCAUCCGCCAUCCGGCAAGCGAAUGACGAGAGGAGCUCUUAACAGUAGUCCACCCUCCAAGAACAAGUAUGCUUCUACAAACGGCCACGCCGCGACGCCCACCCCAAACGGAACUGCCAAGUCCAAAACUCCCUCGCGAAAACCAUCAGCACCAAAGCCCGCACCGCCUCCGCCCAAGACCUCCAACCGAAAGUCGACUGCGAAUGAGACCAAGUCUACCUCCCGAUCCAUGCGCAAGCGAAGUCCUUCCCCAUCUGCUCAACCAACUAGGCAGUCAACGCGGACAAGGCGGGGCCGCCGCAGCUCCAUCGACGAUGAGGCAGCAAGAACUUCGGCGGGUAGCCCGAACCGUACGCGGAUUAAGUUACGUGUGCGCGCGACCGAGCUACCCGUUGUACAUCCGGGACAAGUCAGCAAGAGGCUAAGAAUCGGCCCCAACUUUGAAGAAUACUGGGAAAAGGCGCAGGCAUUACCCGUUGAGGAUGGUGGCAUGUACAUCCCAGAGGAGGGGCCUAGCUACACUGAUGAGAUGGCCCAGAAGGAUGCUCAAAUUGUCUUGCGCAUUGAAGAGGCUGUGGAGCCUGGCGGUAUCCUUUCACAGGAGCGCUGCACCCUGUUUGUUCCCGAGGCGGAAGAGGAACCACCACGCCAAUGGGCUCAUGCAGAUCACAUGGCCAAGGCUGUUACCAACUUUCGCAAGCUGAUGGUAGCAGAACAGCAAAGACAUCGAGCGCAGGCCAAGAAGAUUGCCGAAGCGUGCAAGGACGCUUGGCUCCGGCGCCAACCAAAGUCAACAGAAGAACUCGAGGCUGAGGCGCGCUUUGUGUGGAUCGGGCGAUACAGAGUGGUUGUCAAAAGCAUGUUUGGAACCUGGGAGAACGUUCGGUACGAGAUCAAUCGGCGGAGGAUUCAAGAAUGGGAGGCAGAGGAGCAGCGCCGGGUCAAGGCCGCGCUUCAGGAGGCCGUCAAUUUGUCAGAGCAGAAGCUGCAGGCAAGAAGAACACAGGCAGAUUCGGACAUAUCCGAUGAGGAUGAUCUCGACGAUGAUGACAACGAUGACAAUGAGGACGACCUGGACGCCCUCGACAGCGACCUCGAGAACAGCCAAGCGAUGUCGGUAGAUGCGGAUGAUGAUGACUCCGGCAAUGAUGACGACGAUGUCAUGUCAUCUUCAGAAGAGGAGGAAGCAGGCGACGAUCACACCGGCGAUGCUGGCGAUGAGAAGCUCACUAUGGAACAGCUUCGCGCCAAAUACGCCAAUCUACCUGAACUUCCUCCCGACGAACAAGCCGAAAAGAAACUCACCAAUGGCGUCGAGUCCGAGGCAGACUCGAAAGUCGUGGCAACCAGCCCCGGAGAAGAUACCAGCGAUGAGUCCGUCGACAUGGAUGACGAUAUGGGGUCCACCGAUAUGGACGACAGUGAUGACGGCUCUGCCGCAGAGGAAGAGUCGGAAGAGGAAGACGGCGACGAGGAGCCAUUUGGAUUAUUGGGCAUGCUCUUUGGGAAAUCCGAGUUGAAGAAGAUUAAGGAUGAGGCGCCACCUGACGACAAGGAGCCACACGAAAGCACUGCAGCCUUGGUGGCUGAUGGCGCAUCCCCACAAGCAGAGGCAUCAUCGAACUUUAGGGACGACAUUGUGGAGGAUGAGGAUGAGGAUGAUGAAGUGUCUCUGAUUCAACAUCCCGGUAUCUUUUUGGAUGAUGACGAGAUGGAGGUUGACACAGAAGUACAAGCUACUGUGCCACCAGGCGCUGGCGACCAGGAUGAAGGUGUCGAGAUUGCAGCCUCAGAGAAGGAGCUGACCAUGCCCGUACAGUCGCCCAAGUCGGAUGAGGCCUUGGUCAAUGGCAUAGACAAGGAACCAACCGUCACGAGUGUGGAAGCUGCCACCAACGGGAUACCAGAGGCAGUGGAAUAUGCUGAUACGGAAAUGCAAGAUGCGCCAUCGAAAACAGCAGAGGCGGCAAUGCCCUCGGCGCCAUCUACCGCUGCUAUAGUCCCAACAAAACAUGUCACUCCUGAUACCGAUAUCGUUACCGUCCCGCCAAGUCGAGAACAAAGUCAUUCGCCCCCUACAUCCGACACAAAGCCUUCAGAUGUGGACACAAUGUCUCUGGCGACCCCAGGGGCAAAGGAUGUUGUCAGUCGGUCAGCUUCACCAAACCCCAAUUCACAACAGACGCAAAUCCCGUUUUUGCUUCGUGGUACUCUGCGUGAAUAUCAGCAUCAUGGACUGGACUGGCUGGCGGGACUGUAUGCCAACAACACCAACGGCAUUCUUGCAGAUGAGAUGGGUCUUGGCAAAACCAUCCAGACCAUUUCGCUACUUGCUCAUCUUGCUUGCCACCAUGAGGUUUGGGGACCGCAUUUGGUGAUUGUACCAACAAGUGUAAUGCUCAAUUGGGAGAUGGAGUUCAAGAAAUGGUGUCCUGGCUUCAAGAUUCUCUCCUACUACGGCACUCAAGAGGAGAGAAAACGCAAGCGACAGGGAUGGAACAACGAUGAUGUAUGGAACGUCUGCAUCACAUCUUACCAGCUUGUCAUCCAGGACCAGCAGGUCUUCAAACGCCGGAGGUGGCACUACAUGAUUCUUGACGAGGCUCACAAUAUCAAGAACUUCAAAUCCCAGCGCUGGCAGACGCUCCUUGGUUUCAAUACUCGAGCAAGGCUUCUACUUACAGGCACCCCGCUCCAAAACAAUCUCACCGAAUUGUGGUCGUUGCUAUUCUUCCUCAUGCCAGCGGAAAAUGGCGUGGGUGGAUUCGCAGACUUGCAAGAGUUCCACGACUGGUUCCACAAGCCAGAGUCUCAAAUCCUGGAAAACGGCCGCGAGACGAUGGAUGAGGAAGCGCGAGCGAUCAUUUCCAAGUUACACAAGGUCUUGCGACCGUAUCUACUACGAAGACUCAAGGCCGACGUCGAAAAGCAAAUGCCGGCCAAGUACGAACACGUAGAGUUCUGUCGCCUGUCGAAACGUCAGCGCGAGUUGUACGAUGGCUUCUUGGCUCGCACAGACACCCGGGAGACGCUGUCCUCUGGCAACUACCUUUCCAUCAUCAACUGUCUGAUGCAGUUGCGGAAAGUCUGCAACCAUCCCGACCUGUUCGUGGACCGCCCCAUCAUGACGUCCUUUAGGAUGCAGAAAUCCGUUCCAGCAGAAUACCAAGUCACCGAUCAGUUCCUACACCGAUCUUUACUUGCAGUAGAGCCAAUGUCUAUUGUUAGCCUGGGCGUUCUCAACAUGAUUCCUACACAACACGAGAACAUGUCCAACACAACAGCGGAGCGCAUUUCGCAGCUCAGCCUUCACAGGGUACUGAUGGAACUGAGAGAGGCACAGAAUACCAGAGCUCAUCUGGCUCGUACAAACCUCGACCCUUCAACAGUUGAGUCGAACAUUAUGUAUCUGGACAGCCUGGCUCGCUGGCGCCGCUUCGAGGAAUUGCAGCACAGCGUGUACCUGAACGCUCUCCGCGGCCAACGUCGGCCCAUCUAUGGCAAGCGCCUGAUUGAUUUUCUGACGCUCGGGUUAGACGGCAGACCCCGGAAACCCAAGCCAAGAGUUCCUAACCAGAUCUUGAAUUGGUUUGCGGAGGAUUCCGACUUCCUCCGUGCCGUCAUCCAUCCAGCUGACGAACGAGCCGAUGCCAUGCAGACGAUCAUUCAAAAGUUCACAUGCGUCACUCCCGCCGUCAUCACUCGCGACAUGAACGAGGUGAUACUGGGAAGAAAGGCGGCUCAGGCCUUUACGGACGAGGACCUCAAGCUCUCAGCGCCUGUCCGGUGGGCUCCUUUCAUGCCCAAGCAGCCACCCAUUGACCCGUGGCACGAGUCACGCAUGCGUCACAGCAUCCAGUUCCCAGACAAGCGUCUGCUUCAAUACGACUGUGGAAAGCUUCAAGCCUUGGACAAGCUUCUUCGCAAGCUUCAAGCCGGCGGCCACCGUGCCUUGAUCUUCACACAGAUGACCAAGGUUCUGGAUAUUCUCGAGCAGUUCCUCAAUAUCCACGGCCACAAGUACCUUCGACUUGACGGACAAACAAAGAUUGAGCAGCGGCAGAUCCUCACGGACAGGUUCAACCAUGACCCACGCAUCUUGUGCUUCAUCUUGUCUACGCGUUCCGGUGGAUUGGGCAUCAACCUUACUGGGGCCGAUACCGUCAUCUUCUACGACCAAGACUGGAACCCAGCGAUGGACAAGCAAUGCCAGGAUCGAUGCCAUCGUAUCGGUCAGACACGAGAUGUACACAUCUACCGACUCGUCAGCGAGCACACGAUUGAAGCCAAUAUUCUUCGUAAAGCGUCGCAGAAGCAGAUGCUAGACGACGUGGUCAUUCAGGAGGGUAGUUUCACCACGGACUAUUUCAAUAAACUUUCCGUGCGGGACGUUCUCGGCACUGAGGGAACAGACCUGGUCGAUGAUGCCGCUAAUGCCGCCAUGGACCGCCUUCUGGGUGGAGGAGAUGGCGGAGCGUCGAGAACCGUGGCCGAGGACCUUAAGCAGGCCGAAGACCAGGAAGACGUGGAAGCCGCCAAGGCUGCCGAGAAGGAGAUUCAGGACGACGACGCAGAGUUCAACGAAAAGAGCGGCGCACCUUCUGGCGCCUCUAGCACCCGCCAAGGCACGCCGCGGGAGGACGCCGCGGGUCAGUCGAGCGGUGGCCCCGGACCCUCUGGGCUAGGCCGGUUCUCGGAAUCCGUUGCCCCAGAUGAAGCGGUAGAGAUUGAACACAACGCGUGGGGCGAGAGAAUAUAUAAUGUGGACGAGUACAUGCUCCGGACGAUGGCGGAGCAGCUCAAGGGCACGGCGCUAGACCUGCCCAAGGACAAGAAGAAGAGUAAAAAGAAGGGUCGCGACACGCGGAAGCGGUAG